CACGUGCAGCUGUUUAAGUCGCGUCAGCGCCGGUGAGGACUCCGGGAGAGCAAGCUGCAGAGAGCUGCCAUGGGAGAUGAAGAUUGGGAAGCAGAGCUAAUCAACCCUCAUGUGUCUUCCUAUGUUCCUGUAUUUGAGAAGGAUAGGUAUUCUUCUGGAGCAAAUGGAGACACUUUUAACAGGACUCUGGCUUCAUCAUCAGAAAUGGGUGAUGGAUCGUCUCGAAGAGAUCAUUUCAUGAGAAGUGGAUUUGCCUCUGGGAGGAGUUUGGGAAACAGAGAUCCUGGUGAGUCUAAUAAAAGAGAAAAUACGUCCAGAGUGGGUGGUUUUGGAGUUGGAAAGAGUUUUGGAAACAGAGGUUUUUCAAAUAACAAGUUUGAAGAAGGUGAUAGCUCUGAUUUCUGGAGAGGUUAUCAAGUCGGCAAUGAUUCAGAAGCUUCAGGAUCGUCCAGAAGAGGUGGAAGAGGCGGAAGAGGUGGAAGAGGUAGUUUCCGAGGUUGCCGUGGAGGAUUUGGUCUAGGAAGUCCAAAGAGCGAAUAUGAACAAGAUGAGAGGACCCAGCGCUCUGGUGGCAUUUUUGGUUCUAGAAGAUCAGCAUUAAGUGGUGCAGGUAAUGGUGACACUUUCCAAAGCAGAAGAGGUCGUAGAAGUGGACGAGGUGGUUACAAAGGUUUAAAUGAAGAAGUAAUUACAGGCUCUGGAAAAAAUUCUUGGAAGUCAGAAGCUAAAGGAGGAGAAAGUGGUGACACUAAGGGUCGAAAAGUGACCUACAUACCACCUCCUCCACCUGAAGAUGAGGACUCCAUCUUUGCACAUUAUCAGACAGGCAUAAACUUUGACAAAUAUGAUACUAUUCUUGUAGAAGUAUCUGGACAUGAUCCACCACCAGCAAUUCUGACUUUUGAAGAAGCUAAUCUUUGUUGGAUAUUGAAUAACAACAUUGCUAAAGCUGGUUAUACUAAGCUUACUCCUGUGCAAAAAUACAGUAUUCCUAUUAUACUAAGAGGACGAGAUUUGAUGGCUUGUACUCAGACAGGCUCUGGAAAGACUGCAGCUUUUCUCUUGCCAAUUUUGGCUCAUAUGAUGCGUGAUGGAAUAACCGCCAGUCGUUCUAAAGAACUGCAGGAACCAGAGUGUAUUAUUGUAGCACCAACUCGAGAGUUGAUCAGUCAGAUCUAUUCGGAAGCCAGAAAAUUUUCUUUUGGGACUUGCGUAAGAGCAGUUGUCACAUAUGGGGGAACCCAGUUGAGGCAUUCAAUUCGACAAAUAGUACAAGGCUGUAAUAUAUUAUGUGCUACUCCUGGGAGACUGAUGGAUAUCAUAGGCAAAGAAAAGAUUGGUCUCAGACAAGUCAAAUACUUAGUUUUGGAUGAAGCUGAUUGCAUGCUGGAUAUGGGUUUUGGACCAGAGAUGAAAAAGUUAAUUUCCUGCCCAGGAAUGCCGUCAAAGGAACAGCGUCAGACCCUUAUGUUCAGUGCGACUUUUCCAGAAGAAAUUCAGAGGUUGGCUGGGAAGUUUUUAAAGUCAAAUUAUUUGUUUGUUGCCGUUGGACAAGUGGGUGGCGCAUGUACAGAUGUUCAGCAGACCAUUCUUCAAGUUGGCCAGUACUCAAAAAGAGAAAAACUUGUUGAAAUUCUACAAAACAUAGGUGAUGAAAGAACUAUGGUCUUUGUUGAAACUAAGAAAAAAGCAGAUUUUAUUGCCACUUUGCUUUGUCAAGAAAAAAUAUCAACAACAAGUAUUCAUGGUGAUCGUGAACAGAGAGAAAGAGAGCAAGCUCUUGGAGAUUUCCACCGUGGAAAGUGCCCCGUUCUUGUUGCUACUUCAGUAGCUGCACGAGGGCUGGAUAUUGAAAAUGUUCAGCAUGUUAUUAAUUUUGAUCUUCCUUCUACCAUUGAUGAAUAUGUUUAUCGAAUUGGGCGUACUGGUCGUUGUGGAAAUACUGGCAGAGCUAUUUCCUUUUUUGAUCUGGAAUCGGAUAGCCAUUUAGCACAGCCUCUAGUGAAAGUGCUAUCAGAUGCUCAACAGGAUGUUCCUGCCUGGUUAGAAGAAAUUGCCUUUAGUACAUAUGGUCCUGGCUUCAGUGGUAGGACAAGAGGAAAUGUGUUUGCACCAGUUGAUACUAGAAAGAAUUACCUCCGCAGGAGCUCUUUGAACACAGCAGGGUUUUCUUCAUCACAAGCUCCUAAUCCAGUAGAUGAUGAGUCAUGGGAUUAAGACGAAAAUAACCAGCAAGUCUGUGGUACAGUUGUGAUGCAGAGAAGAAAGUAGUUUUGAUUUUUGAUUUUUUAAAACAGAAGUAUGAAACCUUGCAUCUCCUAUCCUUCUGUUCGUACUCCCACCCUUAAAAAAAAAACCCUUACUGACUAGUUAUGUGAAAUGCUAAAAGUUACAACGAUGCAAUUACUAAUACAAAUGGUGUUAACUAGAAAGAUUAAAACAUUCUAAAUGCCUUGCCUAUUUCUAUUGUAUUCUUCAAGGGUUUUAGACAUACUUCAUGUCUAAAUGCCAUGUCUUAGUAUAGUGUUUAUUGAUCCUAGAGCAAACAGGAUUAUAGGAUACACUUUUGGUUAAAAAUUAUUGGGUUCUAUUUUUGCUUAAAAGGAGCCUUUAAACAAUAGUGUGUCACUGAAAUGU